AUGGAACACACCAAAACAGUCAAGACAGAGAGUACACCAAAAGCACGGUGGGUAUUCAGACAAGAGAGCUACCCGAUCAUCGUUCCUCCUGAAUGUCUUGUCCAGAAUGCGGGCGUUGAUGCGUUCGGCUCAUCAACGACACAAACCAGGGCGCAGGUAACUAUACCGAUUUUUAUCAGAACGCAGUUUGGAGAAUCGUUCACCUUGAAAGUGAGUGAGUGGGAAACAGUGAAAAGUGUUAAAUCAAUCAUCGAAACACGCACCGGGCUACCCUCUGAGCAACAGAGAUUAAUCUACAGGGGUCAUCGACUGGGUAAUGUAGACAUGACUUUGGUUGACUAUGACAUUGGUAAGGAAGCCGUAUUGUGCGUAUACAGGACGUUAGACAUAGGAACACUGCAUUUGACUGUGAGAAAUCUGCGAGAUGAUGCGAAUUCUCUGAUUGUGGAACCACUCAACACGAUACUAGAAACAAAAGAAAUCUACGAGAAAGCAACUGGUAUCCCGGUGGCAUUGCAGGAAUUUAUUUACAUGGGGAAAGUAUUGGACGGUGAUCGAACACUCUGGGACUAUGACAUCAUGGCGUCAUCUGUGGUGUAUGUCACGUACAGACGGUUUCCUAUCAUCGCGAAGACGAUGGCCCGAUACAGCUAUCAACUGUGUGUCAGUCCUACCACGACGGUUUGGGAGGUGAAAGCCAAGAUCUUCGAAAAUCGAGGGAUCCCGGUAGAGGAACAACACAUUGUGUAUGAUGGGCGAGAACUUCUCGAUGAUAAUGAUUUACACUACUACGAUAUCGUCAAACCAUACACCCUGCUUCUGUUGGUGUCCGGUAAAAAUAUUGAGAUCACCCGUAAGGGGAACGGGAAGGUCGCUAUCGGGAAGAUAAACGCUCAAACAAACCCUGUCACAUUUCCAUUCGGUUGCAUAGUGCAAUGA